GCUGGAGUUUAAAAGAGCUUAUAGCCCCCGAGCCGGUGCAGAAGCAGCCGGUGGUUGCAUGGGGGUAGCGCCGGGAGCAGCGAGGCGGGCGCCAAAAUUGCAGUUCUGAGCAGCAAGGGUUGGUGGCUCAACAAGCAGCAAGGAGAAUCCCACAGAGUUUGAUGAGAAAUUGGGGACGCCCCAAGGACUCUGGACUUGUGGAGAGAUGGCUAACCCUGUGCCGUCAGCCUGCUGCGUGGUGCUCGCCGCGGUGGUGGUGGUGUAUGCUCAGAGACACAGCCAGCAGGAAAGCCACAUCCAGUACGAGCGGGUAGGCGCAGAUGUGACCAUGAAGUGUGGGUCCAUGGACCGGGAGGCAGCUGUGACCUGGACGGCCAAUGGCACCGACAUUGAUGAUUCCCACCUGAAUGGAUCGUACCUGGUCCUGAGGAAUGUCAAUCUCACGCAGAGCGGCCAGUACUCCUGCUACGAGGGCUCCUCCUGGCAUCUCAAAUACCAGACCUACUUGAGGGUGGGAACCCCCCCGAAGGAGCCAGUGCUGAUGUGCCGGUCCAACAACUACCCAAAGGGUUUCUACUGCAGCUGGCACUUGCCCACUCCCACCUACAUCCCCAACUCCUUCAACAUCUCCGUCAUACAUGGCACAAGAGAGAUGGUCUGCGAGAAGGACGUCUUUCCCAGAAACAGGUGUCACAUCAGAUACCUCCAGCUCUUCUCGACAGUGAAGUACAAGGUGACUUUGACAGUCACGAAUGCUCUGGGCAAAAACUCCACCUCUCUCACCUUUGACGAGUUCGCCAUAGUCAAACCGGACCCCCCGGAAAACGUGAUGGCCAAGCCCGUGCCCGGUAACCCCCGACGGCUGGAGGUGACGUGGCAAAACCCCUCUUCCUGGCCUGACCCCGAGUCCUUCCCGCUGAAGUUUUUCCUGCGGUAUCGGCCCCUCAUCCUGGACCAGUGGCAACACGUAGAGCUUUCGGACGGGACGUCACACACCAUCACGGACGCAUACGCCGGCAAGGAGUACAUCAUCCAGGUGGCAGCCAAAGACAACGACAUCGGCACGUGGAGCGACUGGAGCGUGGCGGUCCACGCCACCCCCUGGAUGGAGGAGCCCAAGCACCUCACCACUGAAGCCCAGGUCACAGAGUCGAUGAGCGCCAGCACCUCCUCUUUCAUGCCGCCCCCCACCACCAAGAUCUGCGACAAGGGGGCCAUGGUGGGCAGCGGGGCCAUGGCAGUGUGUUGGACAGCUGGACUGGUCUUGGCUGCCUAUGGUGUCCUCUUUAUUUAAUCCCCAUCCGUCGCCGCCCAGCAGAGACAAUGUCCCACCGCCCGCCACCGCCGCCACCGCCACUGCCACCACGCUCUGUCCCGCUGCCCCCGCCCCAGUUGGAGUCUCUUUAUCUCUUCGAUUUUGCACACGUUGAGGACGUAUCAUGCUUCUUGCCAUUGCUCCGGAGGACGGAGCUGCCGCCGUGCCACGGGGACCUGUCCUCCCCUCCCUGCCUCCCCACCGUGGGGGAGCCUGCAAACCUCUCCGGAUGGAGCAUGAGGGAACGCACUGGCCCCCUUGCCUGCCGCCCUUCCCCUUGGUGCCCACGGCGGACGAGCACCCCUGGGCCCCCUUUGCCCCUUGCCCAGCAAGCCCAGGUGCCGCGUUGCCACCGGGGACCGGCCCCAAGCUGGGGAGCCGGCACGCCUGCCGCUAACCUGCCUCACCAAGGACCUGCCUGCAGCAUCGCUGCUGCCGGGAUGUGGGUGACCACGGCACAUCUGGGAAAGGGGAUGGGAAAAUGGGGAAAAUGGGGCCGGGGAGGGGAGUCACCCAAGGACUGAACUCACUUCCCCGAGCUUUGGAGCGCACGAAAAAGGUGGAGGGGUGAAGGUGUGUGUUUGUGGGGGGGGGAGCUUGAUCCCUUCACCAGCCCCAUCCCUGGCCCGUUCCCCUACCACCACCCCUUAACCACGUUGGAUAGAGGAAUUGCCUCCAUUGACAUCUUUGUCUUAUUCUUGAGCAAAACCAGAGUAGUUCUGCUGUUCCCACUAGAGCUGGAGCUCCGCAGUCCCCUGGCCGCCCCAGCCCCUGCUCCACUCUGUCCUGCCCCAGGCCCUGUUUUGUAAAGACAGCUCCUCUCGCCCCCGCCCGGAUCCAAGUGCAGUAUUUAAUACCGUACGUCCUAGUAUUCCGUUGACAUGCUGUAUUUGAAUUUUUUAUAGAUGUAUAUAUAUAAAAAAAACCCAAAAAAUUAACAAAAAAACCCCACACACGAACACAUGCAUACACACACACACACACACACGCACGCACGCACACCAAGAGAGACCGUCUUCAUUAAAUGAUCGUUUCAU